AUGUCCUUCAAGGGCGCCCGGCUCAGCAUGAGGAAAAGAGGGAACGGUACGCCGGACAGCACCCGGACCCUGUACUCCAGCGCGUCUCGCAGCACAGACGUGUCCUACAGCGAGAGCGAUUUGGUGAAUUUCAUUCAAGCAAAUAUUAAGAAACGGGAAUGUGUCUUCUUUACCAAAGAUUCCAUGGCCACGGAAAAUGUGUGCAAGUGUGGCUAUACGCAGAGCCAGCACAUAGAAGGCACCCAGAUCAACCAAAAUGAGAAAUGGAAUUACAAGAAACACACCAAGGAAUUUCCCACUGAUGCUUUUGGGGAUAUUCAAUUUGAGACUCUGGGGAAGAAAGGGAAGUAUAUCCGACUGUCCUGCGACACGGACGCGGAGACCCUCUACGAGCUGCUGACCCAGCACUGGCACCUGAAAACGCCCAACCUGGUCAUCUCGGUGACCGGCGGCGCCAAAAACUUCGCCCUGAAGCCGCGCAUGCGCAAGAUCUUCAGCCGCCUGAUCUACAUCGCGCAGUCGAAAGGUGCCUGGAUUCUCACUGGAGGCACCCAUUAUGGGCUGAUGAAGUACAUUGGAGAGGUAGUGAGAGAUAACACCAUCAGCAGGAAUUCAGAGGAGAACAUAGUGGCCAUUGGCAUCGCGGCUUGGGGCAUGGUCUCCAACCGGGAACCCCUCAUCAGGAAUUGUGAUGUCGAGGGAUAUUUUUCAGCCCAGUACAUUAUGGAUGACUUCAAGAGAGACCCUCUGUACAUCCUAGACAACAAUCACACCCACCUGCUGCUCGUGGACAACGGCUGCCAUGGACACCCCGCAGUCGAGGCAAAGCUCCGGGAUCAGCUGGAGAAGUACAUCUCCGAGCGCACUAUUCAAGAUUCCAACUACGGUGGCAAGAUCCCCAUUGUGUGUUUUGCCCAGGGAGGUGGGAAAGAGACUUUGAAAGCCAUCAGCACCUCCAUCAAAAGUAAAAUUCCCUGUGUGGUGGUGGAAGGCUCCGGGCAGAUUGCCGAUGUGAUCGCCAGCCUGGUGGAGGCGGAGGAUGCCCUGACGUCAUCCAUCAUCAAGGAGAAGUUGGUGCGCUUCUUACCCCGCACGGUGUCCCGGCUGCCUGAGGAGGAGAUCGAGAGUUGGAUCAAAUGGCUCAAAGAAAUUCUCGAAAGUUCUCACCUAUUAACCGUUAUUAAAAUAGAAGAAGCUGGGGAUGAAAUUGUGAGCAAUGCUAUCUCCUAUGCAUUGUACAAAGCCUUUAGCACCAAUGAACAAGAUAAGGACAACUGGAAUGGGCAGCUGAAGCUUCUGCUGGAGUGGAACCAGCUGGACCUAGCCAGUGAUGAGAUUUUCACCAAUGACCGCCGGUGGGAGUCUGCUGACCUUCAGGAAGUCAUGUUUAUGGCUCUCAUAAAGGACAGACCCAAUUUUGUCCGCCUCUUUCUGGAGAAUGGCUUGAACCUGCAGAAGUUCCUCACCAAUGACGUCCUCACCGAGCUCUUCUCCAAUCACUUCAGCAUGCUGGUGUAUCGGAACCUGCAGAUUGCCAAGAAUUCCUAUAAUGACACCCUCCUCACGUUCGUCUGGAAACUGGUUGCUAACUUCCGAAGAGGCUUCCGGAAGGAAGACAGGAAUAGCAGGGAUGAGAUAGACAUAGAGCUCCAUGACGUGUCUCCUAUUACUCGGCACCCCCUGCAGGCACUCUUCAUCUGGGCCAUCCUUCAGAACAAGAAGGAACUUUCCAAAGUCAUUUGGGAGCAGACCAAGGGCUGUACUCUGGCAGCCCUGGGAGCCAGCAAGCUUCUGAAGACUCUGGCCAAGGUGAAGAAUGACAUCAAUGCUGCAGGGGAGUCUGAGGAGUUGGCAAACGAGUACGAGACCCGAGCAGUGGAGCUGUUCACGGAGUGUUACAGCAGCGACGAGGACUUGGCGGAACAGCUCCUGGUCUAUUCCUGUGAAGCUUGGGGCGGAAGCAGCUGUUUGGAGCUGGCGGUGGAGGCCACGGACCAGCAUUUCAUCGCUCAGCCCGGGGUCCAGAAUUUUCUUUCCAAGCAAUGGUACGGAGAGAUUUCCCGAGACACCAAGAACUGGAAGAUUAUCCUGUGUCUGUUUAUUAUACCCUUGGUUGGCUGUGGCUUUGUAUCAUUUAGGAAGAAGCCCCUCGACAAGCACAGGAAGCUCCUGUGGCACUACGUAGCCUUCUUCACCUCCCCAUUUGUGGUCUUCUCCUGGAACGUGGUCUUCUACAUCGCCUUCCUCCUGCUUUUUGCCUACGUGCUGCUCAUGGAUUUCCACCCCGUGCCGCAACCCCCGGAGCUGGUCCUCUACGCGCUGGUCUUUGUCCUGUUCUGUGACGAAGUGAGACAGUGGUACAUGAAUGGGGUGAAUUAUUUUACUGACCUGUGGAACAUCAUGGAUACGCUUGGGCUCUUUUACUUCAUAGCAGGGAUUGUAUUUCGGCUUUACCCUUCUAACAAAACCUCGCUGUACUCCGGACGAGUGAUUUUUUGCCUGGAUUACAUUAUAUUCACGCUAAGGUUGAUUCACAUUUUCACGGUCAGCAGGAAUUUAGGACCCAAGAUUAUAAUGUUGCAGAGGAUGCUGAUCGACGUGUUCUUCUUCCUGUUCCUCUUUGCCGUGUGGAUGGUGGCCUUCGGCGUGGCCAGGCAAGGGAUCCUCAGGCAGAACGAGCGCCGCUGGAAGUGGAUCUUCCGCUCGGUCAUCUAUGAGCCCUACCUGGCCAUGUUCGGCCAAGUGCCCAGCGACGUGGAUAGUACCACGUACGACUUCUCCCACUGCACCUUCACUGGGAAUGAGUCCAAGCCCCUGUGCGUGGAGCUGGACGAGCACAAGCUGCCCCGCUUCCCCGAGUGGGUCACCAUCCCCCUGGUGUGCAUCUACAUGCUCUCCACCAACAUCCUGUUGGUCAACCUGCUGGUCGCCAUGUUCGGCUACACCGUGGGCACCGUCCAGGAGAACAACGACCAGGUCUGGAAGUUCCAGAGGUACUUCCUGGUGCAGGAAUACUGCACCCGCCUCAACGUCCCCUUCCCCUUCGUGGUCUUCGCCUACUUCUACAUGGUGGUCAAGAAAUGCUUCCGGUGCUGCUGCAAAGAGAGGAGCACUGAGUCUUCCGCCUGCUGUUUCAAGAAUGAAGACAACAUGACUCUGGCGUGGGAGGGUGUCAUGAAAGAAAAUUACCUUGUCAAGAUCAACACAAAAGCCAGCGACACAUCAGAGGAAAUGAGGCAUCAUUUUAGACAGCUGGAUACAAAGCUUAAUGAUCUCAAGGGUCUUCUGAAAGAGAUUGCUAAUAAAAUCAAAUAAAACUGCAUGGACUCUAAUGGAGAAAAAUCGAAUUCUAGCAAGGUGGUAUCAGACAUCUAAAUGGAAAAGAUUCAAGGGAUGCUGCUGAAGUUUUGUUCCCGCCUAAAUGAGAAUUGUUCAGGCCCCUGGGUGCACAGCGAUGGUUUUAAUCACCCCAGUGUGCUCAAUCUGAGAAUAAAAUGUGUUCCUGAUUUUACACGAAAGAUGGAUGUAAAGGAAGAACAUCUCCUACAACUUGCUUCCCCUGAAGGCUGCCCUAUUACUUUCUGAGUCUCAGUGGCCAGAACCUGCUGUUGAUAGUUUAAACUGUACUGUGUCUUCCUGUUUCCUUCUCUCUUCCUCCUUUGACCCAUGCAUAUUAGAGAAUAUCUCUCCUAGGAACUGGAACCUCGUCAUGAUUUUCCUCCUGUAUUGUUAUUUUGUUUAUUUCUGAUUGAUUCUCCAUUAUUUUUUUUUUUGUAUAGUGUGACUAAUUAGCUGGCGUAUUGUUAAAAGUCUCCCCAGUCAGGUCAGAUUCUAAAAACAUGCUGCAGCAAGAAGACUCUACUUUCUUCAGGAGAAACUAUUUUCAUUUCUCAUUAUGCUUUUAUUCAUUAAAGCAGGUGAUAAGACAGCAUCUUCCUGUCUCACACUCACCAGGAACUCCACUUGAAGGGAAUAUCCCCUUCCUAACAAUGUGAAAAGGCACCUAAAAAUGAAAUCCUUAGAGGUGCAUCUGAUUUUGUUUUCACUGGGUGUUCCUCUUUCUCCUCCUAUUUAUUAUUUUCCUAUUAAAAAUAAUUCGUGGAUAUUAUAGAAAAUUCAUGGGUAUUAUAGAAAACACAGACUACAUGGAAAAGUAGAAAAUAUAGUCUCACUACCUAAAGGUAAUCACUGCUAACAAGUCAGGAUGUUUUUCCAAGUCUGUUUUUUUUCUAUGCAUGUUUUAUUUCUCUUUUAAAAUUUUACAUAACGUCAUCAUACC